GUUGUAGAAGAUGAAGGGAGUUUUUUAUUAGAAAAAAAAUAAAAAAUAAAAAGAGGGGGACCCAGACCAGGGACCAACUGCACUUCUUUCAAGCUCUUGUUUGAAGUGCGUGUGUCCUCUCAGCUUUAAGGACAUGCCCUUUAGAAAAAAGGGAAUUUUGUCUUCAGACCAAACAAACCCAAACUUUUUCUCUCAUCACGUGCCUGCCUGGAGCCAGUCGGAGGCUCUGUAAUGCGAUCGGAUCUACAUGGCCAGCCUCCCGACCCACCCAAAUAACAACGGGGUUAGCCGGCAGCAAACAGUUGGUCACAUCUGAAAGGGAAGAGAUCCUGACUUGACCUGUGACCGGGACCUUGGAGAAGCUUGGAAACAGCCCACCGCAGAGAUGAAGGGAGAGGCUGGGAGCAUGCUACCCAACAGGAAGUCCAAGCUGGUAAAUGCCAGCACCCCGCCCACCGUACUGGAGGGACACAUUUGGGGCUCCAUGAGGAGGACAGCUUUCAUCCUGGGCUCUGGUCUUCUCUUGUUGGUGGCCUUCUGGAACUCAGUCACUUGGCAUCUUCAGCGAUUUUGGGGUGCUUCUGGCUACUUUUGGCAAGCCCAGUGGGAAAGACUGCUGUCUGCCUUUGAAGGGAAAGAGUGGAUCCUCUUCAUUCUAGGUACCACCCAAGUGCCUUGUCUGAUCUUCUGGGCCUUCAAUGGGCUUCUGCUGGUGGUGGACACGACUGGAAAACCCAACUUCAUCUCUCGCUACCGAAUUCAGGCUGGCAAGAAUGAACCGGUAGACCCCAUGAAACUCCGCCAGGCUGUCCACACGGUCCUUUUUAACCAGUUUGUGAUCACUCUCCCCAUGGCAGUCUUCCUCUUUCCCUUCCUCAAGUGGUGGGGAGACCCCUGCGGCCCAGAGCUGCCUACCUUCCACUGGUUCCUUCUGGAGCUGACCAUCUUCACCUUGACUGAAGAAGUCUUGUUCUACUACUCGCAUCGGCUCCUUCACCACCCAACAUUCUACAAGAAAAUUCACAAGAAACACCAUGAGUGGACAGCUCCCAUUGGGGUGACCUCUCUCUAUGCCCACCCUGUAGAGCAUGUGGCCUCCAACCUGCUGCCAGUUAUCGCAGGUCCCUUAGUAAUGGGCUCCCAUUUGUCCUCCAUCACUGUGUGGUUUUCCUUGGCCCUCAUCAUCACCACCAUCUCCCACUGCGGCUACCAUCUACCCUUCCUGCCUUCACCUGAAUUCCACGACUACCACCAUCUCAAGUUCAACCAGUGCUAUGGAGUGCUGGGGGUGCUGGACCACCUCCAUGGGACCGACACCAUAUUCAAGCAGACCAAGGCCUAUGAGAGGCACAUCCUGCUGCUGGGCUUCACCCCGCUCUCUGAGAGCAUCCCUGACUCCCCAAAGAAGAUGGAGUGAGCGCACCCUUGACAGUCCUAUCCCAACAGCGGGAUUCCCAGACACCGAGGUCUCAUGGUUGCACCUAACAGCUUGCCUCCUUCAGCCACGUCCUCUAAUGAUGGCACCACUAGGGCAGAGGAAAGGCUAGCUUCCUAGCAAGGCAGGGCUAAGGAUGGGGCCAGGGCUUCCCCCAGACUUUAGGCCUUGUCCCUUCCUGGGACCAGGAGUUGGCUUAAGGAAAAGGAAAAAUAAGUUCCCCAGGCUGGAGGCCAGCCGGAGGUGGAAACCUUUUUAGGAGGGCUCUAGCCAGUCCCCCUGGUCCUCUGCUGUGGGAUGGAAAAAGGUUCCUCCCCUCAUGACCGCCUUGAGGCCCAGGUAAGAUGCAGUGAAUGAUGGAAAUGCCAGUAGGCCUGAGGCUAUCUGGGCUCCAGGGAGAUCUCCUGGUGCAAGGGAGUCUGAGAAUCAGAUAUCACUGUGCUUCUUUCAAAAGGCUUUUCCAUCCUUAGUCAGCUCAGGGCCAGUUGUCCCUGACAAAUAGUUCCAGAUGCUUCCUAACUUGCCAGGUGCCAGUCCCAUCCCCUCACCCCCAUCACACGCACACAGAGGCCCCGUUACAACCCUUGCACACUGCAUGCAAACAUCCUCCUUUCCCGAAGAGACAAAUAGCACACAGGUGCUCCUCCCUGGAUUAACUGAUAACAAGGAGGCACAGGCCAUACCCCAACACCUUCAGCCCUCUGUGGAGAUCCAUGGCUGAACCCUGAGGACUGCUCAGCUGGGUGCCCUUCACCCAAAAGCAGUGAGUCACGACCCUUGGGGGAUACCCAGCUGAGGCCCCUAAUUAACUUACAUGACCAAAACCAGUGUUUAGAACCCUACUUUCCCUCAACAAGGAGCCCAGAAAAAGAUGGCCAAGGGGCAAAAUUCUUUUUCUCUGAAGUGGUUCACCGCUUUUCUUUUUUUUGCGAUACUGGGGAUCGAACUCAGGGCCUUCUGCUUGCGAGGCAAGCAUUCUACCAGCUGAGCUAUCUCCCCAGCCCUACCGAUUUUCUUAACACCAUUUAUUUGGCUGGAUUUUAACAGAUACCUUUUUCAAAUGAAAUCUAACUAGCACCCUUUUUAUCUGAAACAAAGCCACAAGGCUAUCUGGGUUCUCACCCUCAGCCUCCCCUUUAGGAGUGACAUGGCCAGGAACCCUCUGGCUCCUAACAAUUCAGAUCACUCUGAAAAGCCACCAUUACUAACAUUCUCAUUUACCUCCACCCCUACUGGGGACUGAACCCACGGUGCUCUGCCACUCAGCUACAUCUCCAGCCCCUUUUACUUUCUAUUUUGAAAACAGAAAAUAUUGCCCAGUAUGGCAUCAAACUGGUAUGACUCCUACAUUAGCCUCUACUGAGGCAUGCACCACCCCAUCUAGUUUAUUUAAUAAAUUCUUACACAAUUGUGCCUAUUUCUAACUUUCAGUUCUUUGGGGCCAAGAAAACAUCUGUGGCCAGGUGAGGCUGCAUGCACCUGUAAUCCUGUUACUCUGAGGCAGGAGGAUUGCCAGUUCAAAGCCAGCCUGGGCAACUGAGCAUGAUCCUGCCUCAAAAAAUUAAAAGGGCUGGGGAUGGAGCUCAGUGGUAAAGGCACCUCUGGGUUCAAUCCCCAAUACCAGGAAAAUGUUUAAAAAAAAAAAAAAAAAGUCACCUAUUGUGGUUUUACAAAAUCCUUAACAAAGUUGGUAUAGCUGGUCCCCAGCUACCUGGGAGCA